UUUCGUUUGGCCGAUUUCGGGACUGCCCACUUGCUGGACAGCUGAUGCCAGGGAUGCCAGAUCUCCUUAGGAUACAUCAGCUGUUAUAUUUGUUUUCAUUUACUGAUUAAAAUGGGUUCACUACUCUUCGAUAUUAAAUUAAAGAGAGAGAAUAAGGUUUACCAUGAAAAUGACAUGCUAUUGGGCUGCGUGCAGUUUCAGUGCUCCCAGGAGACAAAACACGAAGGAAUUAUAUUGUAUCUGGAGGGAAUCGUUAAUCUCCAAUUAAGCGCUAAAACCGUUGGGCUUUUCGAUGCUUUCUAUAACUCGGUGAAACCCAUUAAUCUGCUCCAGAAUAGUCUGGAGCUAUCUGCGCCCGGGAAACUGAGCGCAGGCCGUUCGGAGUUCCACUUUGAACUACCUUUGGUGUGCAAAAAGGAACCGCGAAUUCUAUAUGAAACAUACCACGGUGUUUUCAUCAACGUGAAUUAUCAACUCACUUGCACUGUAAAAAGGAAUUUUCUGGGCAAAUCCAUGACCAGAACCCAGCAGUUCUGCGUGCAAUACAAGCCACUGGCUUUGGGCGAGGAUUCAAAGAAAGUGGUUCCUUUUAGUUUGAGUCCGGACUCACUGCAGAAGAAUGCCAGCGCCAAGGAGAGGUUGUCCAUGCCGAGAUUCCUCAUCACAGGGCGUCUGGACCGGAGUGAAUUCUGCGUAACAACUGCAAUUACUGGCAGCAUUACGGUCCAGCACACGGAGGCGGCCAUUAAGUCCAUUGAGAUGCAGUUGGUGCGUGUGGAAACCUGUGGCUGCGACGAGGGCUACUCCAAGGAUGCCACCGAAAUACAGACCAUUCAAAUAGCCGAUGGCAAUGUCCUGCCCAAGCUGGAACUACCAAUUCAUUUGGUCCUGCCAAGGCUGUUCACCUGCCCUACGUUACUCACCAAGAAUUUCAAAAUCGAGUUUGAACUUAAUCUGAUUGUUGUAUUUAAGGAGGACUACACGGUUAGCGAGAACUUCAAAAUAGUCCUAAAACGUUCGGCAGGUCCUCUGCCCAGCAAAGUAAUUACCGCAGGACGCUGAACGAAAAAGCUUCGCAUUGUGGCAGCUAUUUUAUGAACAUAAAAGUAAUACAUUUUUUUAAGCUAAAUAUACAUACAUAUAUCUCAAUAAUGAAUCAAAAAUAAAUUGAUUAACGAUACGAAUCUUAUGAAAUAAGUGAUGUAUUUGAUAUGUUCCGUAAAAAUCUAGUGUAUGUACAAUAAAAUUAAAAAUGAA